AUGAAUGUUUUUUUUGCGAAAGCUCAGCUUGACAGUUUCAUGUCAAAUUUCACGGUUCUUAGUUUGCCAGCUGAAUCUCAAGUGGCAGAUUUCCCUACUAAAUAACAACGAGAUAUCCCCGACAGCUAUUUUAAAAUCUUCAAGACGACCGUGAUCUGGUAACGUCUCACGCCAAAUGAUUGUUAAGAAUCUCCUGCAUAGCCAUUAGCCAGUCAUGCUGCGAUGGAUACUUGGUGGUCGGGAUGCACAGGGGUCUGUCGAGAAAAACCAUGUGCUAUUCAUUGGGGAGGAACAGCCCAAAAACUGGUUCACUGAACUGCAGGUGCUGAAAGGACAUUUUGACAUUGUUCGAUUUCUGGUGCAGAUUGAUGACUUCAGGUUUGCCUCUGCAGGAGACGAUGGUCUGGUGUUGGUGUGGAACGUUGAGUGUUCUCAGACAGGAGAGAGGCUGCUGGAACUAAGGGGUCACUCCCAGCAGAUAACGGCCAUGACAGCCUACACACACACCAGUGGAGAGAACACACACACCUCCCUCAUCACCGCUUCCUCGGACCGCACCCUCAGUCUGUGGGACCCAGAGACAGGCAACAGGGUUCAGACCGUCUCAGACCUCCAGUCCUCUGUCAAGUGUCUGCUGGUGUUGGAGCGGUUGUGUGUGUGGGUGUCGGGGGGAAACGAGUUGUGUGUGUGGAACAGAGACUUCCAGCUGCAGUGUCAGAGCCAGCACCAUGACGACACAGGAAUCAGUGCCAUGGUGGAGUUGCCUAAGAACUGUAUAGCAGCAGCUAUGGACAAAGAGAUAGUGAUUUUCAGGCUGACCAUGUCCACGGGGUCCCAGUUGUCUGUGGCAGAGGUCAGACGUCUAUCUGACCACCAGGAUAGCAUCCACGCUCUCAUCAACGUCAACGAUGGCCUGUUUGCCAGCGGGUCCCAUGUUGGCGAGCUGAUCCUGUGGGACGCUGUUGAUUGGACGAUUAUGGCCUAUGAGCACAUCCUGUGGGAGGAGUCUCAGACCGACACCCAGGCUGAGAUCCGAUUAGCCGCUCCGAAACCCAGUGAGAUGUCCAUCCAACACCUGACAUCCGAUGGAGAGUUGAUGGUGGCUGCAGUGGGCAGUGGUCUGUAUGUGUACAGCGUCAUCACUAAGAGUGUCGUGGCCUACAGGAAGACAGCCCACGACUCCAACGUACUACACACCAUGCUGCUGCCUGAUGGGGGGCUGAUGUCAUGCUCAGAGGACGGCAGUGUGAGGAUGUGGGAGAUGCAGGACCUCCUGUUACCUGCAGAACCAGCCUCUGCAGGGUUCUUUGGGAUGUGGACUUUCGGCAGGUCCAAUAAGCAGGCGGGGCCUCCAGUGAAAAAGGUUAUUGAACUCCCCAGUCUCAGAACACUGGAACUGACGGGCGACCUGAUUGGACACUCAGGGGCCGUGCAGAUGUUUAUGAGUUUUGGGGAGAAGGGUCUAGUGACGUGUUCUACAGACCACCUGCUGAUCGCAUGGAAGAACAGAGAGAGAGAGUCUCACCUCCGCAGUCUCGCCCUCUUCAGGAAACUGGAGGAGAACGGGGGGCUCUGACCCCCCACCUGUCAGUCACUAACACACUUAUUUAUGAUUUUACAGAACACUUUCUACUGGAAGUUACAAGGUUUUAAAGAGGGGUGGAAUUAUUUUUUUUAUAGGUGUUCUUAUGUUGUUGGUUUCUAGUGGAGUCAUUAUUUCACUGUCUCUCAGAGGUUAAUGGAUGUGUGUGUAUAUAUAUAUAUAUAUAUAUAUAUAUACACAGUGA